UUGUGUAUGAGAUUCUGCGAAUAGCGCAGCAGAAGUAAAUGUGAUAUGUGAUGUUUGGGUUGUUGAGGUUCCGGAAUAUUUUACAUUUACAGUCUACGCGCUACACUUAGAUAGAAAAGGUAGUAUGACAUCACAGGAAAAGGAUAGGACAAAGGAAAGAAGAGCUCAGACACCUGAAAAUUUUCCAUGUCAUAAGGAAAGAAAUCAGUCUAUGAUGUGUUUACAUGACAAUAAUUAUGAUUAUUCUAAGUGUCAAAUGGCAUUCGACAACUUCAAAUUUUGCAAACAGUUUUGGGAAUUGGUUUCAAAGAAGCGGAAAGCAGCAAAUAUUGUACCAAAUCUGCCAGAAGCUGAAGAAAGGGAAAUAAUUAUGGACCAUUUCAAGAAAACGGGAACCCUACCGCCACAGUCUUCUUAAAAGUCAGUUCAAAAUUAUCGAUGAAUACUCAAUGUAAGACUGGUUUUGGGUUUGUUUUUUAAUAGAAUUGUACACUAAGUA